AGUAGCAGUUUUACAUCUCUCAUUCCGCGCCAAAGAAGUAAAAGAAGUUCACGGAAGUUGAUCUCAAGGAAGGAGGAAGAGAAGGAGAAUAAUGGCGCUCCUGUGCUUCGUCCUGGAUCUUCGAGGCCUAUCCCCUUCCUUGCUUGCUGACCUAAAGCAGUGUUUGUUGCAGCUAGCCAAUUACUACGCCGUUUCGUCUUCGCGGCGGAAGCCGGUCGGCGCCGGAGACAGGAUUGGAUUGUGCUACGUCUUCGAGGACCGGAGUUCCUCUUCAGUUGAGCUCAAAGUCGCGUACAGUCCUCGAGGAGACUUCAGUCUCCGUGAUUUCCACCACGCCGUUGACAACUUGCCGGCGGAAUGUUGUCUGCCGGAGAUCGGCGAUUCCGGGGAUCUAUUUAGCCGAGUGGAUAUGAAGCUUUCGAGUGUUUUGAAUGAUCAAGUGCUUUAUUCCUGGGGAGGUAGAGAUGUCAAGAAGAAAAUGAUUGUUUUGAGCUCGUAUUUGCCUCUAAAGAUAGAGGAGGUUGAUAAGAAGCUUCUUAUGGACGCUGCAGAUCAUGGUGUAACUGUGGAGUUUGCCUUCAUUAAGCAAAUUUCAAGUCUCAGCAAUGAGAUGGAGAACACGAGCAGCUUCAUGGAAGACUUAUCUCAUCUUCGCAAUUGUUCCGUGGAAAGUCAUAUUCCAGGUGGUGGAAUGUUCAAUGGCCUGACAAAGCGCUGGUUAAUUGAUCUAAGAGACGAAAGGGAAGAGCCCUUGCUGGCUCGUUUUAACUUUAGAGAUAGCCUAGUAGGAGAUCAGAAUCAGAUACUCUGUUGCCUAUCCAUCACCGUCAAUCAAAUUGUGGAUGAUUUCAGUACCUGCCAGACAUGCAGGUGUCAUGGCAUUCUAUUACACCAUGCGGCAAAGGAGAGAGCUGAGAUGCUUUCUUGUCCAUUCACUGAGAAUGUUCUUGGAGCAUCUGAUGUUGUCGAGAAUUCUGUUAGAAUUGGCGAGAGAACAAUACUGUAUAUGCCCUCUUCCCAUAGCUCUAUAAAGCUGCAACGAGUGUCUAAUCCCAUUGAAUUCAACAUCAUUGAGAGAACCAACCUAAGCUCUUUAAGUGAAGGUGUCAUUAUUAGCUCGUCUUACGUUGUAACGCCGACAGACUAUCAUACAAUAGGGAUUUCCAGUAAUGAAGAUAAGACAAAACUGAAUGCUCAAGUUUUCGGAGGAAUAUGCCGUGCUUUGUACUCAAUGGACCAAGGCUUGGUAUGCUCUUCAAAUGGCAAUCUAGAUACUAUGUUGGGAGCAGCUUUCAACUGUUUUUACAUUCUCCAGCCUUCAGACAAUGGGCCGAUGCUUCUGAGGCGUCUGUUAGGCUCAGAAGAAAUUUUGCCUAUGCCUGAUGUCAAUCGAAUUGCUAGUCCAUCAAUCCCUCAGGAGAUUCAAAGUUCCAUUCAUGCCGUGUUGUUGAAGAUGGAAUUAAGUGACUAUAAUCCUCUCCUGCACGAGAGAGGCUUCCAUCAGAAGCUGAAUUCGCUUGUAAAACAGAGCCUACAAUUCGGGUCAAUCCCAGCAAAGUUGGAUGCAGCACCUAGUCUGUUGGCAGAUUCAUCAGAGGUGGUUGACUUAUCAGACGGGGAGCUGGAGGCCAUAGUCCUGGAAGAGGAAAACCUGCUGAAGAUGGAUGUAGCAGCAGGGAGAGAGGAGAAAAGCAGCAGUCCUACGAUUUCGGAAGAAUGGGAACAGUUGGUGGUCGUGCAUGAAUCCCCCAAGGUACAUUCUUCCACCAGCUGUAUCUCGAAACCAAGAUCCAACGAGUCAGUCCUGUCUCCUCCAGCAACAACAGCAGAUGGCAGCAAGCAGGUGGAUGUGAAAACUUGGAGGAUAUUGGAGAGGCUGGAAUUGCCUAGACAGUUAAAAGCAAAGGCAGUUUCUCCAACUGUCGCAACCACCAGCAGCAGCAGCAGCAAUGUCUCGGAGAUAUCAUUGCCAAUGAAGAGGCCGCUCAUUCCUUUCCAGCCUUCCCAAGCAGCUGAGCAACCCUCGAGUUCAACCCAGUUGAUGAAACCCUUCUUCCAAAGACCAAAGAGGAAGCUCAGAAAAACAUGAGAGAUGGAUCUCUACCGGCCAGGUGGUUGACACACCUCUUGGAACACAGUUCGGAGCUGCCUCGUCCAAUCGCCCAGCGUUCUGAUGUGGACGCUCAGAUGGUCGUCUCCAGGAGCUGAAGUGAUGGAGAAUGGAUGCCUGUAGCACAAAUUCCCUGCAGUGUUAAACCCAGAAACCAAAAUGGGAAAGAAACAAACAUUCAAACUAGAAUGGGGUGGGGUGGCUUACCAUUCAAAUGGAGACACAGCAGCACAAUUCACAAACAUAUACUGCCCACUCUUGUAUCUGAACCCAUUCGGCUUCGACAUGUGAAGCGCCAAGACGUUUCCGGGAUAAAUGGCCACCUUCUUGAUUGUAACAGCCUUAAUGCUGGAUCUCAGUGCCCUAGUCAGCCUCUCGCUCGCAUAAAGCGCGACUGGAACAGCCACGUACAUCCAGGUCUUCUUCUUCCAGAAUUCCUUGGUGAGGUAGAGGAAGUGACCAUGGGUUAGAAGCAGCCCGUAGACAAUGACGAACAGAUGGUGGGAGUACCAAAACGCAUUGAACCCUGUGAGCUUCUUCAGGAACGGCGGCAAGUUGAGCUUGUUCCUCCUGAACCAAGGAGUGGCAAGUGUGAAGGCUAUGGCCAUGAGGACGACCAUCACGAUCCCGGUUAUCCCUUCCACCGACUUCACGAAAUGCCAGUAGCUCGAGGGUUGGUCCCCGAAAAACGGCUCCAUCAGCUCCCACUUCUCGUCGCUCGCUUGCAGAAGCUUCGGGAAGUCGCAAGCAAGAUGGGCUAUGGCGUGAAUUCCCACCCCAAUCGUGAUUGCCACUGCUAUCACCUUGUGGAAGUUGAGGUUGUCGUCGAAAGGAACCGCGACUCCCAGCUUGGUCUUGUUGCGGAGCCAGGUGAUGGUGUUUCGGCAUACGGGGAGCAAGAUGAUAGCCAUGUUCAGUUUCAGCGUUUCGGCUGCACCUUUGGCCAUGCACACGCACACGCCCAUGACCUCGUACGCAGCUCUGUUGCGAUACUGCACGUACUUGUAAGCGAAUAGGCCUGCCAUGACCCCGAUCCACAGAGCCAGCACCCAAACUCUCUGCCAAUUAUCGAGCAGAAAGUAUUUUGCUUCUCUCAGCCUUCUCUUGAUUGGGUUCUCGUCCAAUGUCGACCGAAGCUGCCGGCUCAACAUCUUGCUCAGAUUCUUGCUUUCUCCUAAUCUCACUGACUGGUUUGGUCCUUGCAACAGAAGCAUUUCCAGGCUCUCUAUCAUGAUGUAUCCAUGGUGCUCUGGAUCGAGUUCUUCCAUGAUCAGAGCUGCAUACUCCUCUGCUUGCUUCUGGAUGUUCGAGAGCUUGUUUGCAGAAGCACUAAGGGUGAUGAUCUCCUUGACUUCUUCUUCGGUAAUUCUGCCAUCUGCAUCUUUAUCAACCAUGUCGAAGAAAGUCUGGAGCCUGGAAUCAAAGCUCUGAUCCGAAAUCUGAUCCCAGAAAUCCUUCAACUCGAACUUGCUGAUCGAAUCCCCACGAAUGUUCCUCUUCCUCGCCAGAGUAUCGUACAGCUCCAGGGCGAAUUCCUUGGAAUCCUUCAUACCUAUGCAUUCCCCGAACCGAGCACGGGGGAGCAUCCCGUCGGCGGUGGAGGCGGUGAUCUCAUCGAACCUCCUCUCGACGGCGAGCCACCCGGAGCUGCCGUCGGCCUUGCUGAUGAACUUGAGCCCCUUGAGAGCGUGCGCGGCCGCCGAUUUCGUCCUCUCGAGCCUGCCCGCGGGCCGCCUGUUGAUCGAGGUCAGCCGCCUCAGCUCCUGCGAGACCUGACGGAUUCUGGCCGAAGCAUUCCUCACCACCGACGAACCUAAAUUGGAAGCCGUUCGCUUCUCCAGGCCUUUCGCUAGAAGGGUCAUCUCCGGAUCCUCCUCGGCGCCGUUCGCCGGCUUGACGCUGUGGACGGCAACGGAGUCGUCCCUGACGUCGAGCGUGAUCUCGACGUAGUCGUUGUUGCUGUCCCGAGCUGAAGAAGCAGAGGAAGAAACAGAGCUCGUCUCCGGUAAGUUGAAUCUGGCGCUCUUUUUUCCUCCGGCGGUGCCGCCUCUCUUGUUCAGAGGCCCGCUUAACGGGCCGCUCAACGGCCCGCUGUUGGGCACCCUGUCAGCUCCGACGAGCUCCGUCUCCGUCGGGAGACGGUGGUCUUCUUUGCUCAUAUCUUGAAUCUGGGUAUCUCUGGAAUCUGAAUUUCAGAUUACCCUGUUUGCUUUUUGCUCUGUUUUCCCUCUCCUAGGAUAAGAUUCCGAAUUUAUGGGAAGAUUCAGAUUGCUCUGUUUUCUUUUGCUUCGUCGGCGCCGGAACUCAGAGACCAAAUUCCCCGGGAAGGGCAAAAGAAGCUAGAAGAAAAGUAGAAAGUUGCGAAAUUGGGGAGAGAGGGGAAGCAGUCUGCCUGCUAUGUUGGACUUGGCUUAUCUGUGAUUUUCUGAGGCAGGCAGCCAUGGCGGAGUUUUUAUAUAUAGACGCGGAGAGGGGGAAGAAAGUGGUGGGUAAUGGGAAAAAGGAGUGAACAGUCAACUGUAUUAUGGAAAUUAAUCUGGGGUCGUUACAUGAAUCAUUUUUUAAGAAAGUGGAAGUGGUAAUUAAUUUAUUGCCUAAAGACCUCGGGUUUUGGAGUUAAUUGAGGGCUUAGUUGCUUAAUUGGAGCUUAAUAUGAAGACUUUGGCGAAUACAGA